ACUGGCUGACCUUCAUUGAAGCGCGAAGCAACCAGUGCGCAUGCGCCAACUCGCCUCUGAGCAGGAGCGGAUCAGUACAAAGACGCCGCCGCAGCGCGUGCUGCUAAUUGUUCGCUUCGGAACCGAACCACGGAAACUGAAAAGUCCAACCCGGUUCUGGUUUUACCGGCUCUGGUUGUGGCUCUGGCUCAGGAAGCGGGACCGUGGAGAAGCCCGAGAGGAGGUCCGGAUCCCGGACCCGGUGAUAGUUGGCGACGGUUGCAUGGUAAUCUGGACUUGUUGCAUGCCUGUUGCGUGACCGCAGCGAGUCUAGUUGUGGGACCGGGAGCGCAGCUGCAGCCAUGGCUCAAACCGUGCACGUGAACAGCACCUGCCCAGAACGAGACCAGACAUGCCUCACCACCGGGGAUGAGAAGGACUCCGAGGCCCCCUACUACGUAGAAACUCCUUACGGAUACCAGCUGGACCUGGACUUCCUCAAAUAUGUCGACGACAUCGAGCGGGGCAACACCAUCAGGAAGCUGAGCAUCCAGAGGAAACCCAAAGUGCCCAAACCUUUGGCGGCACCUCGGAGCAGCAGCACAGGCGCUCGGCCUGAAUGGACCUCCACGGACUCCCUGUCCUCCUCCAACAGCGACGGCAAACAGUCCCCGGUGUUUUUUGCACCCAGGCCCCAGGACGCUGCUCCGCUGACCAUCUCCAAGGCGGCCUGUGAAGCGCCGACGCAUCAGUCCUACUCCGGCAUCUCCGAGCAGAAGCAGCAGCUCCCGCCUCCUUCUCCCAGGUGUGUCCUUCGUCACAACUCCCAGGUGGAAAAGACCCUGAUGGAGACCCGCCGUCGCCUGGAGCAGGAGCGUCAGCUCAUGCAGCCACACGGCGAGCCUCUGAUGCCGCGCCGCCGCCUCGCCAGCUUCAGUGGCAUGGGCUCCAGCAGCUCCCUGUCCUCCUACUCCGGUUCUGUUGCCGCGAGCCAGAUCUCCCCCAGCACCCACCAGCCUCUGUCCCUCAAUGGCCUGUCCAAUGGGGACUACAACCAUUACUACCCUGCAUCCAUGGGCAGCUCUAUUCGCCACAGCCCCCUGAGCUCCGGCAUGGCCACCCCGGUGACCAACGUCAGCCCGAUGCACCUGCAGCAGAUCAGAGAGCAGAUGGUUGUUGCUCUGAGGAGGCUAAAGGAGCUGGAGGAGCAGGUGAAAACCAUCCCCAUCCUGCAGGUGAAGAUUUCUGUUCUGCAGGAGGAGAAACGACAGCUGGCUGCUCAGUCGAAAAGUCAAGGGCUCGGGGGUUUCCGUAAGCGUUCCUACAGUGUGGGCAGCGCCGACCAGAUGGAGAACUCCAGCUCCAUCCAAAAGGAACCCGAGCUGAAGAUCAUUGAACCGGAAGUCCAGGAGCAGAGUUCGCAGCGGGUGGAGGAGUUCAGACGUCUGGCUGCAGAGGUUCAAGCUUUGGAGAAGACCACCAAGGAGAACAAGGUCUCUGAAGUUCAGUGUGAAAACGUCCUACUGAACCAGUCCCACCUUAAGUCCGUUGGCGUAGGAACCGAUGAGAACGUGAACAUUUCUGUCGCCCGUCAUAUAAAGGACAUUGGAGUGAUGACGGAGGGGCUGGAAACACGGAACGCUGCAGUAGUAGUGACUGAGAACAUGCUGGGAGUGACCAGUGAGGCUGAGAAGGAGAUCGAGCUCCAGCAGCAGGCCAUUGAAGCCCUGAAGGAGAAGAUCUACCGCUUGGAGGUCCAGCUUAAAGAAACCACACACCAGAUGGAAAUGGGAAAGCUGAAGCUGGAGCUCCAAGCAGCCGGUGGGUCCAAUAGGAAGAGAUCGGACAAAGGUCUGAUGGUCCGGCCGGAGAUGUACAACGCCUGCGUGGAGGCCAAAGUCCAGACCCGGCACCAGGGAGUGGGGGGCCACCUCAGCACAGAUGGAACCCCCCAGACCCACAGCGUCGGAGUCUCCUGUCAGCCCAGCCUGCGGAGCGUCGCCGCAGGACCAGAGCUUCCCAUGGACCGCCAGGUGGUUCGGGAGCGUGUGGAGGUGGAGGACCAGUGUGUGGAGGUCCGGGUGGAGACCUGCCACAAGCAGGUUGGAGCGGAGAGGAGUGUGUUCGAGACGGGAGUCGACGCUGAGGAGACUCUGGACCAAUCGUUUCUCUGUAGAACCACAGCAUGGCCGAACACGGAGUCCCAGUCCGUCGGCUGUGGAGAUGGUUCCGUUAAUCCGGUCAAGACGUUUAAGUCGCAGGGAACUGACCCGGAGGCUGUCGCUAGGGAGGACUCUGGCAUCAUGGCUGUUCCAGAAUCCGCAUCGCAGCAGACCGGUACCGAAGCGGAGUUCACAAACCAGUCCACCAACACCCAGACGGCCGACAUGACGGACUCGUUCACCGACACGAACCUGGUGACUUGCGAUAAACACACCAACACGGCAGCAACCGAAACCAGAACAGUAGGUGCUGGAGAGGGACUUGUCAAAGACCUUCCCACAGCUGCAAAAACCCGCUCGGUUGCUGUCGGGACCGCCACGGAUCUGGAAUCUGCUCUCAGCCAGUCAAACUCUGCCAGAACCAGAGAGUGUGGGGUGGGUCCAGUCAGCAUCCACGACAACUUCCUGAUCGGCUUAAAAACCAGGAACAUCGCAUGUGGUCCUUCCCAGCCAGCCGGGCCCGUCACUAACGAGACCGACGCCGCUUCGCUGCAGCCACAAGGGGGCGCCGGGCUGGACCACUACAUCGAGAGAGUCCAGAAGCUCCUGCAGGAGCAGCAGAUGCUGCUGGCGGAGAACUACAGCGAGCUGGCCGAGGCGUUCGGCCAGCCUCAGACCCAGUUCGGGUCCAUCAACAGUCAGCUGGUCAGCACGCUGUCCUCCAUCAACACGGUGAUGAGGUACGGGAGCUCGGAGGACAUCCUGAAUCUGAACUCAGACUCCAGCAAAGAGAACGUUCUGCAGCUCCAGGUACCGACUCUGCAGGUGGACCCCUCGCAGCCUGAGCGGACCCCAUCGGGUCUGGAUCCUACUGACCAUCCUGAGCUCCCAGUGCUGCAGCCGCAGAUCAGUGCAGCCGAGCAGAAGAGCCGCAUGGACCUGCAGAUGUCUAUGGCGCUGCACGGAGAGCCGUGCAGUCAGAACACCCUCAAGUCGAUCAUGAAGAAGAAAGAUGGACGAGGGGACUCCAACGGCACCAAGAAGAACCUUCAGUUUGUCGGCGUAAACGGAGGAUCCGAAACUACGUCCAGCGACGACUCGAGUUCAGAGGAGAGCAGCUCCUCUGGGUCGGAGGAAGAUGAGGAGAAGGAGGAGGAGGAGGACGGGGAUGUGGGAGGAAGGAGCAUCAGGGACGAGUUCCAAAACGAAGGAGCAGAGGACGUGGACACGAAGGAUGAAGAGGAGAGUGUGAGGAAGGAGAAGAGAGAGAGGUUUGAGCUGAGUGAGAAGAUGUCGUCUGCCUGCAGCGUUCUCCAAACGUCCCUCAGCGACUCGAAGGGUGUGAGCAGCAAAGACCUGAGAGCCGGUCUCAAUACGCUGCAGCACGAGUGGUUCCGGGUGUCCAGUCAGAAGGCGGCGAUGGCGCCAAUGGUGGAAGACUACCUGAUGGCGUUUGAGGGAAUCUCGCCGGCCGUGCUGCGCCACAUUGUCAACAUGGCCGAUGGGAACGGGAACACAGCGCUGCACUACAGCGUGUCACACUCCAACUUCCAGGUGGUGAAAAAGCUGCUGGAUGCAGACGUUUGUAACGUGAACCAGCAGAACAAAGCUGGCUACACGCCCAUCAUGCUGGCAGCACUGGCAGCCGUGGAGACACCGAAGGACAUGAGCAUCGUAGAGGAGCUGUUCAGUAAGGGCGAUGUGAAUGCUCGAGCCAGUCAGGCCGGUCAGACGGGUCUGAUGCUGGCUGUCAGCCACGGCAGGAUGGACAUGGUUCGAGCCCUGCUGGCUCACGGCGCCAACGUCAAUGUCCAGGACGACGAGGGCUCCACGGCGCUGAUGUGUGCUAGCGAGCACGGCCACGUGGAGAUCGUCAAGCUGCUGCUGGCCCAGCCGGGCUGCGACGCCACGCUCAGUGACAGCGAUGGGAGUAAUGCUCUGUCCAUCGCUCUGGAGGCUGGACACAAGGACAUCGCGGUGCUGCUUUAUGCGCACGUUAACUUCUCCAAAGCUCAGGCUUCGGGAACGCCUCGACUCAGCAGGAAGACAUCACCAAGUCCCACUCGGAAGGGUGUAUUUGACUAGACCCCGCCCCGUCCCUCCUCGGUGGAUAAACUCUGCGCUGCUAUUGGUUCUCGCUGAACGAUGGAAGAGGGACUUGAUCCCAACAACCAACCAGUCUGAUUUCUGGGAUUAUUUGUUCCACUUCCCUCUCAUUGAGCCCAAAGUGUCCUUUGAACAUGAAUGUAGCCACGAGGUGCCUGAAACGCUCGCCAUCAGCAGCCGACUCCACUCAGACCAGCAAAACUCUACAGAUGUCCUUUCAAAACACACACACACACACACACACACACACACACACACACACACACACACACACACACACACACACACACACACACACACACACACACACACACACACACACUAGAGUAACGUCUCCUUGCUGCCUCCUGGUGAAUUCGAUGUGACCUGAUGGACUUUCCUUCUUUGUAUUUAAAAUGAUUAACAGUAUUUUGAAUAAUUCCUAAAUAAUCCUCAACAACCCAUGAAGUUAUGUAUUUAUCAGAGUAUAGUUUUAUUGCAGAAGUGUAUUUGAGUGUACAUACGGCGGAGUUGUUCGGCGUUUUGUGUAAGAUAAUCCUGUCUUUAGUGUUCGUCCAGGUGCUGACGUCAUCCUGACGGGGACUCGAGUGCCUGAAACUUGUAACAAAAACCUUUCAAUAAAAGUUUAAACUGCA